AUGUCAUCAGCAUCAUCUAGUAGUGAAAAUAGUGAAUCCCCUAGUAUGCGUCCUCGUAAAAGAAGAUGCAAUCACCCAAAAGCUACCACAGAAUAUUUGAUACGCUGGGUGAGAGACCACAUUGUAGAACCCUAUCCAACUGAAGAGGAAAAGACCUCUUUAAGUCAAAAGGUCAAUUUGACUCCAAAACAACUUGAAGAUUGGUUUACCAACCUUCGUCGUCGUAAGCUGGAGAAAAUAAGAAAAGAUAUGGGGAUAGAUCUAUAUUCAGUUGCUCAUCAAAUGCCUACAAAGAAACGCCAUUCCGCAAGACAAUUUGAGAAUUACUCCAGACCGCACAUCAAAAAACAUUCUCCGAUUAAAAGACAAAGCACCUCCAAUGAGUACUUAGAGAAUAACAGGACAGAAUCAUCACGUAUCGAUGAAGUCACAUGUUCUAAUCAACCCGGUGUAUCUCUCAUUAAGAGAUCAAAUUCCCUUUCAAGCCUUAAUGAAUCUUCAAAUGAUAUGAAUACAAGUUCCUUUGUGGAAAAUGAUAGUAACUUAAGGUUGCUGUGCUGGGUAGCUUUGAAUAGUUCUUAA